GGGUACCGGCUGCAGGGAUGGCCAUGUCCUUCCGGAAGGUGGUUCGGCAGAGCAAGUUCCGGCACGUGUUCGGGCAGCCGGUGAAGACGGAGCAGUGCUAUGAUGACAUCCGUGUGUCCCGGGUCACCUGGGACAGCACCUUCUGUGCUGUCAACCCUUCCUUUGUGGCCAUCAUCGUGGAGGCCAGUGGUGGUGGUGCCUUCCUUGUCCUGCCCCUGCACAAGACCGGCCGCAUCGACAAGUCCUACCCCACCGUGUGCGGGCACACGGGCCCCGUGCUGGACUUCGAUUGGUGUCCCCACAACGACCACGUCAUUGCCAGCGGCUCCGAGGACUGCACCGUCAUGGUCUGGCAGAUCCCGGAGAACGGGCUGAGCCAGGCGCUGACGGAGCCGGUGGUGGUGCUCGAGGGGCACUCCAAGCGUGUGGGCAUCAUCGCCUGGCACCCCACUGCCCGCAACGUGCUGCUCAGUGCUGGCUGUGACAACGUGGUGCUGAUCUGGAACGUGGGCACGGCAGAGGAGCUGUACCGCCUGGACGGGCUACACCCAGACCUCAUCUACAGCGUGAGCUGGAGCCGCGACGGCUCCCGCUUCUGCACCGCGUGCAAGGACAAGAGCGUGCGGGUCAUCGACCCUCGCCGCGGCACCGUGGUGGCCGAGAAGGAGAGGGCGCACGAGGGGGCUCGCCCCAUGCGGGCCAUCUUCUUGGCCGAUGGCAAGAUCUUCACCACCGGCUUCAGCCGCAUGAGCGAGCGGCAGCUGGCACUGUGGGACCUGGACAACCUGGACGAGCCCAUGGGGCUGCAGGAGCUGGACUCCAGCAAUGGGGCUCUGCUGCCGUUCUAUGACCCCGAUACCAACGUGGUUUAUGUGUGCGGGAAGGGGGAUUCCAGCAUCCGGUACUUCGAGAUCACGGAGGAGCCCCCAUACAUCCACUUCCUCAACACCUUCACCAGUAAGGAGCCGCAGAGGGGCAUGGGCUGGAUGCCCAAGCGCGGGCUGGACGUCAGCAAGUGCGAGAUCGCCAGGUUCUACAAGCUCCAUGAGCGCAAGUGUGAGCCCAUCAUCAUGACGGUGCCGAGGAAGUCGGAUCUGUUCCAGGAUGACCUGUACCCGGACACCGCCGGCCCCGAGCCUGCCAUGGAGGCAGAGGAGUGGGUGUCCGGGCAGACAGCGGGGCCGGUGCUGGUGUCCCUGCGCCAGGCCUAUGUACCCAGCAAGCAGCGGGACCUCAAGGUGAACCGGCGCAGCCUGGGCCCCGAGGGACGGGCACCGGGUACCACCGGUACCACCGGCACCACCGGUACCACCGGCACCGGCAGGACCACCCCCCCCCCCACGCUGCCCCCCACCAACACCGCCCGCCUCAGCGCACCCCCGGCACUGGGCACCGGCACUGCGGCCACACCGGGCCUGCAGGAGGUGCUGCAGGAGGUGCGGGCGCUGCGGGCGCUGGUGGCCGAGCAGGGCCAGCGCCUGUCCCGCCUGGAGGAGCAGCUCAGCCGCCUCGAGAACGGGCACGUCUGAGGACACCCCCGAACCCCCCUCAGGGACCACCGACCCCAAACCCGGGGUCCCCCCUUCCCCCUCCCCAUUGCAGGGCCGGCGGCCCCACUGCCCCCCCCCAUUGCCUUACUGGGUGCUGCCCCCCCACUCAUGGACCAUUAUUGCCCCCCCCCCUUCAUCCCAUGUCCUGGGGGAUGCUCUUGGGAUCAAGGACCACCCCCUGCAUCCCUCAUCCCUGGGGGGGGGUCUUCCCCCCAUUGCUAUGGGGCAGGGCAUGAUCUGUGUGUGUGUGCCCCCCCCCAGCUGGGGAAUUGUCCCCCCUAUAUUUUGGGGGCUUCUUUCCCUUCUCCUUCUGCCCCCCCCCCCCCCC